CGACGGUACACCAUAUUCUCUUUGAUGUUGUUGUAUUCGUAAGGGGCGGAGCUUAAGACAAACCACCCUCUCUCGGAGCUUAACACGCGUUUUUGGCUUUCAUUCCGUACUGAUAGCUCGAGUUUCCACGGUGCGUCUCAAGUGCCGUAUUUUCUUCGGUGCUUCGACAGAGUCGAAGAGAGUCAGCUCUCCGUGCACUGGUUGCAUGAGCCUAUUGCCCGUGAAUGUUCCUCCUCGAGGUAGGAAAGUCUGGUUUUGACCGUACUGGACUGGAGUUUAGUUUGCACUAGUACGCCUUAAGGCCCGCACACACGCGGCUAUUCACGAGACACGCGGCUGUGUAGUUGUUCGAGCGAGCCUGACACAAAGGGCUUCGCCGCGUACAAUCGCGAGCAGUCCACAUUUCGCGAGUCCGUUUUGCGUCCACUUCUUCGGCUGGCGUUUGGCUGCCUCUUCUCUUUUGUUGUUUUCGUCGUCACCGCUGAUCGACUUGUCGCAGCCCUGGUGCCGUUUUCUUGUUCUCUUUUCUCCGCGUGCGCCCGUCGUGAAAUGGGUUCCAGCGAGAUUCUCAGCGUGUUGUUUUUUGUAUCAAUCGCGCGGUGCGGCCAUAUGCAUUCCGGUGCAGCAGCAGUUCGAUCCCGGUGCUACUGGUGCACGUUGAUCGCUUAGCGGAAUCGUACGUUCGGAGUCGCGUUGUUUUCGUCUGCUGAUGUUAGCUGUUUUUUCGGUAUUGUCCCGGGUUCUGACGUGUGAGUCGAGUGUAGAAACCGUGAGAAAAUUGAUUUUUUCGUCAAACUGCUUCGUCUGAAAUAUCUUCUGGAUCUACUGUGUCACUUGUCGCGUGAAGAAUCUCUUGAUUGUUUUUCCAACACGUUUGCCGCUCGGAGCGGUGAAGACACGCUGUCAUGACAUACGGAGUGUGACGAUUUUGGAAGAAAAUAAUAACGGAAACAAGACCAUACCCGAGAACAACCCAAUUGUGAGAAGAAAAUUCCAAAGAACGGUCUCAAAAUUGAUACCUCAAAUCCCCUUCGCCUGAGUGGUGGCUUUCGAGCAACGGCAGCAAUAUCCAGGCUAGAAGAAGAAACAAGUGGUGCAAGUGGUGGUAGUGGUGGUGCUAAUCUCGGAAGAAUACUCGGUGAACAGAUAGGUGAAUUUCGGAACCGGCUGGCGACGGCCGCAAUGCUGCUCGGAACGCAAAAUCCGGCGGCAAUGGCUGCGGCGGCGGCAGCGGCUGCCGCCAUAGCGGCUUCAAAGGCCGGUGGAAAUACGGGUACGGGUGCUACGGGGAUGGGUUCCGGUUCCGGUGGUGCGACGGAUUUCUCAAUUGCGGCCAUCAUGGCACGGGGAGCAGCUGCUGCGGCGGCAGCGGCCGUUUCUGUGAGCAAUGCCCGAGCUAGCAAUGGUGGCAGUGCCGGCGGUGGAAGCUCCAGUCGGGAGCCAUCGGAGCGGAGCAUAAGUCCUAUCUCGGUCGAUCGAUUCCCGGAAGGGGACGAUGACGUCGAUGUUGACGUGGAACAGUGCAGUGAUUCGGAAACGCCUUCGCGUGGCUCCAACAGGGCUUCGCAGUCCCGGGCAACGGGGACACCCUCGGACGAGGAACGACUGACGCCGGAACCUGCCACGACCAAACACAACAUCGUUGGCACCUGCAAUUCGGAUGACCUGCGCCCGGUGCAAUGUCAUCUGGAAACGAAAGAACUAUGGGAUAAGUUCCAUGAUCUAGGAACGGAGAUGAUCAUCACCAAAACAGGACGACGGAUGUUCCCGACGGUUCGGGUGUCGUUUUCCGGUCCUCUGCGGCAGGUUACGCCCGCCGAUCGGUAUGUGGUGCUGAUGGACAUUUUGCCGCUGGAUAACCGGCGCUACCGGUAUGCGUACCAUCGAUCGUCCUGGCUGGUGGCCGGUAAGGCUGAUCCUCCGCCACCGCCGCGGUUAUACGCCCACCCGGAUACGCCGCUGGGAGCGGAAGCCCUGAGGAAGCAGGUCAUCUCGUUCGAGAAGGUCAAGCUGACCAACAACGAGAUGGACAAGAACGGUCAAGUAAGUAUCGUCCUAAACUCGAUGCACCGGUACCAGCCGCGGAUCCACCUGGUCCGCCUGGGUCCCGGCCAGCAGAUGCCCGCCAGCCCGAAAGACCUGCAGGACGUGGACCACAAGUCGUACGUCUUCCCGGAGACGGUCUUCACGGCCGUCACCGCCUAUCAGAACCAGCUCAUCACCAAGCUCAAGAUCGAUUCCAAUCCGUUCGCCAAAGGAUUCCGGGACUCGUCGCGGCUGACGGAUUUCGACAGCUUUCCCAGCAUAGACCCCAUGGAAGCUCUCCUUCUCGAGCAGCACUUGAGGGCACCCCUCCGGCUGUUCCCCGACCCCCUACUUGCCCAGUUCGCCGCCGCCCCUGGUCAGGAAAUGGACGGCGCCCACGCCGCCCUCCUGGAAAAGGCUCGCCAACAGCUUCAGAUGUGGGGUCGCUCCCCGUACAACGAUCUCCUUCUACCGCAGAUGUACCAACGACCUCCGCAGAUGAACCUCGGCACCUUCUGGCAGGGUCAACCUUGGCCCCAGCAGCUCCCUCCCGCUGCAUUCCUACAGAGUGCAGCAGCAGCUGCCGCUGCAUCCGUAUCGUCUGCGUCCACUCCGCCACCUUCCCUGCCGCAAUCCACGGUUUCGACGCCGUCCUCCAGCUCCGGAUCUCCAUCGCCGUCGGAAAUGCGCGCCAAGCAUUUCGGUCAGCGGUUCAGCCCCUACCAGAUACCGCCACAGCACGGAUCGGGUCAAUCGCAACCGCACCCCGCUUCACCGCGAACUUCACCGCACUAAAGAGGGGGGCGUUUUGUUAGCAAUUUCACACCUUUCAGCUCACAUCCUGUGUACAUAAGAUCAAGUCCUGUCGAUCGCUGUUAUUUAUUUAGUCUAUUUUUUUAUUCUGUGUUGACACAAAUCUCUGCCACCGCCGUGCUAUUUAUGGUGUAAUCAAGUUGUUAUUCGAUUUAUUGGAAAUGUAAUUUAUUUUUAGUUCAUUUCAUACCUACCUACUAUAUAGGCAACUGAUUGAUGGUACUAUUAACUAUAGCAAUUAACGUGAUUGGAAAUCUCACAUAAGUUGUGAAGCUAAAUAAGCACAUACACGAUACUGAUCGAAUUUUCUUGUACAUAGAUGAACGGGAAAUAAAUCAUACUAUGAGUUCAAUAACACUUUUUAUGAUAUUUAAUUGAUAAAAAAAGAAAUUCGCGAAGCGGUAUAAGACUUGAGGCUGAAUGAGGUAAGUCGCUUCAGUGGGUUUUGCAAGUGGUAACCCCCAUGAAGCACCAUGGAAUGCCAUGAAAUACCCCUGGAACGUUUAUGUAAUCCCUUGAAGCCCUUUUGAAUGCCCAUUUUGCCCCCUUGAACCCCAGGAACGCCUCUCAAAUCCCCUGGAACGUCUUUUAAAACCCUGAUAUCUGGUGGAAUGCCCUUAAAACCCUCUGCAUUGCCCCUGAAACCGUAUAAAACCCCCUUGAAAAUCCCUGGAAUGCUCUUAAAGUCCUUUGAAAACCUAGAAAACGCGUAUUAAACCCCAUUCUGCCCCCUGGAACGCCCCUGAUACUCCUUGAAACGCUCCUGAAACCCUUUGAAACCCCCUGGAAUAUACAUUAUUCCCCCUGGAACCCCAAGGAGAACCCCUAAAACCCCCGGAACACCACUG